AAUAGAGAAUUGAUCAAUCUUUUGUCUUCAAUUGACUUUUCAUUCACAAUUCUUAUCAGCCAUUGUUUACUGUUUGAUAAUUCUCAAUCAAACAGUACAUUCUCUCAAAGCCACCCUGAUCUCCUGCUCGACCUCCAUUUGCCAGCAAUACAAUCAUCAACCUUCUUUCUAUCUCUCUUUUCUCCAUUUUCUCUGUUAAUUUCUUUUUUAUUUUCUACUUUUUUAAUUAUGGAUUCUUGUGUUUUGCAGGGUUAGUUUCUUGGUUUUUUCUCUGGCUCUCUCUUGGGUUCAUUAUGGAUUCAAGGUUUAUGUUUUCUUCUACCAAGAUUCAAUCCCGAAGCCCUCUUCAGAGAAAAAACUCUAGCGAAAAUUUGGAUAGAUUUAUACCGAAUCGGUCAGCAAUGGACAUGGAUUAUGCACAUUACAUGCUGACAGAAGGAAGGAAAGGCAAGGAUAAGCCCGCUGUCUGGAGUUCACCGUCCAGCGAGCCAUACCAGAAGUUGCUGGCGGACACCUUCAAUAUCACCUCCGGAAGACGCAUUUUGGCAUUCAAGAACAAGGCGCCUGCUUUUGUGAACCCAAUUCCGCAAGAGCUCUUGUCAUCAGUUCGUCAGCCUAAAAUUGUCAAGGCCUGGCGCCACAUUCCUCAGAGUCCAGAGAGGACACUGGAUGCGCCAGACCUGGUGGAUGAUUUCUACUUGAAUUUACUCGACUGGGGUAGCAGCAAUGUCCUUGCAAUUGCUCUUGGAGACACUGUAUACCUAUGGGACGCUUCAAUUGGGAAUACCUCUGAACUUGUCACUGUUAAUAGCGAAGAUGGUCCUGUUGCUAGCAUCAGCUGGGCCCCAGAUGGGUGUCACAUUGCAAUUGGCUUGAGCAAUUCCGAUGUUCAGAUAUGGGACUGCAAUAAUCUACAGCAUGUACGAACAUUAAGAGGUGGCCACCAAUUACGAGUAAAUUCCCUGGCCUGGAACAAUCACAUUCUUACUACUGGAGGAAUGGAUGCAAAAAUCAUCAAUAAUGAUGUGAGAGUAAGAGAGCACAUUAUUGAAACAUAUAGGGGACACCACCAAGGAGUUUGUGGGCUAAAAUGGUCAGCUUCAGGCCAGCAGUUAGCAAGUGGUGGGAAUGAUAAUCUUCUUUUCAUAUGGGAUAGAUCAAUGGCCUCUUCAAAUUCACCAAUGCAAUGGCUUCACAGGCUUGAAGAUCACAGAGCUGCAGUGAAGGCCCUUGCUUGGUGUCCCUUCCAGAGCAAUCUUCUGGCUUCUGGUGGAGGUGGGGCUGACAUGUGUAUUAAAUUCUGGAACAGCCAUACUGGUUCUUGCUUGAAUUCAGUGAAUACUGGCUCACAGGUCUGUGCUCUCCUGUGGAAUAAGCAUGAGCGUGAGUUGCUCAGCUCUCAUGGUUUUACAGAGAAUCAGCUCAUUCUGUGGAAAUAUCCGUCAAUGGUGAAGAUGUCUAAGCUCACUGGCCAUACAUCUAGAGUCCUCUUCAUGACUCAGAACCCAGAUGGAUACACAGUGGCAACUGCUGCUGGGGAUGAGACCCUGCGUUUUUGGAAUGUGUUUGGAAACCCAAAAGUGGCUAAACAUGCAUCCAAAGCUAAUCCUGAACCGUUUGCUCAUAUAUCUCGCAUCCGUUGAUAAUCUGCUGCAUGGGCGUAACCAAGGGGGCAAGGGGGAGCCCUCUUCCCCACCCCAAGGUUUUUUAUUUUUUAUUUUAAUUAUAUAUAGUAAAAUUUAUUUUUUAAAUUAAUUGUUCUUUCAAUUUUUGUAUUGGCCUCUCCAAAAAUUUAUAAAA